AUGGAGGGCAAUGAAUCUAAAAGAUAUUACCCUACUGAACAAGAGCUUGAUAUUUUGACCGGAGGUAUUGCCCAGUAUUUUGGCUAUGCCGAAAGAAGCCCAGAAAGGAGCUCAUUUGCAACAGAGAUUUCUGCAAAGCUUCAAAAAUUCUCCGGGCACUGGACAAAGCGUGCAGUUAGACUCUGGUUCAAUAAUAAUAAGGCAAUUUUUUUUCUUAAUGACAAAACAAACAACACACCUAAAGAACCAAUUGCUCCACCGCCGGUUCCUAUACAACAACCUAUAAUGCAACCUGCGGUUCAUUUUAUUCAACAUGUCCAGCCAAAACCGAUCAUACCGCCAGCUCCAAUUCCACAAAAUCCUGUUCCAAUCCAGAUGCCACAAAAUCAGAUACAGGUGCCUCCAUCUCAGCCUUCAGUUUCACUACCAGCUAUGCCAAAGAAGUCGACCUGGCUUGAAAAACCAGCACCACAGAUGGUUACAAAUACAGAAUUCAUGACAAAAUUAGAGAACUCUUUAGCCCACGUUAAUGAUUCUCUUUCUGAAAUGAUGCAAGCAUCAAAUAAUUUCGAUACAAUUUGCCAACAAAUGCAUCAAAACUACGUUUCAAAUUCAUUUGACAACGUUCGUAUGUUUAAAACCGUCAAAUUCCCUAAAAAACCAGAUGCAUCAUUCCAUGAAACAGCAUCAGCUGUUUGGCAGCCUCGUGCCCAUCAAGUUACAACAAUUCGAAAUUUUGAUACGUCAUAUAUUGGUCAUGACAUUACCAUGUACAUACAUGCAGAUACUGUAUCUCCUGAUAGAGUCAUUAGCUACACAAAUAAUGGAGAAAAGUGGCAAAUGCUCAAAUUAGGAAUUCGUAGUCAUCUUGAGAACCUUGUUGGCAACAAAAGAUACGCGUUUGCAAUGUCAUGUGAUUCUGUCAUUAUUGCGGACUUCGAUAAGAACGAAGUCUCGAAAGAAAUCACUUUAAUGCCAUCUUCUUCCGGACUUGCUUCUCUGGCCAUGGCAUCCGACUCAUCAGCGAUUUGUGGGUUCGCUGUGUCUCCAUCGUUGUUUUUGGUCAAAAACGAUGGCACUUUUGAGAGUUUUGAAACAAAUGCAGAUCCUAAGUGGGGAAUCUCCGCGAUUCACGUUCUUUCAUGCGAUCUAUCGAAAGGCAUUGUUACUUCUUUCUCUCAAAGCCCUUCAUUACGACUUUUCUCCGUUGACAUAAAAGUUAUCAGAUAUUUCAUCGGACAUACUGAGCCGAUCGUCUUCAUUAAGUCAUACAACGACAUUAUGAUGACCGCUAGUGAAGAUAAGAGCUGCAAACUGUGGGAUAUUCGUACCCCAACUCCGACAUUGAGUUUAUUAACUAAUUUCAAGUCAAUAAACGGAAUUUGUCUAACGGAACAUUACGCAUUGGUAUCAACUGCAGACCAAAGCAUAUGCGCGUAUGAUAUCAGAAACUCUUCUGCAGCUCUGGGAGUAAUUUCUGAUGAAUACAAUGCUUUGUCACCUUUUUAUAAUGAAAAUUCCGAUGAACUCCAAGUAUUUGGUAUUGCUUCAAAGGAUGGAAUUGCUGAUUCCACGCUCUUCAUAAACGAUGACAUGCAGAGCAGCAAAUACGCGAUUGUCAGGUACAAUCCUUUCCUUGGCGAUUGA